AGUUGAAGAUCCUUCGGAUGAUUUUCGACGCAUUCGAGACUUCAUUGAUUGCAAACGGUGUCUUGAACAAAUGGAAAUCAUGGACUCAUUAAAAGGGAAAAUUGAGAAUGCGCAUUUGAAUGGCAAUACCGAUGAAUCCACACACAAGACUCACUACUUGAAUUUUCGGAAUAAGGCCCAAAAGCUGUUGAAGAUCAGCCGAUGCCAAUCCAGACGGAUUUAUGAGAUACUCCAACUGUACCUACUUCCCAGAACUCCCGAAGCAGUCGCCGUUUUUGAACGCGCUCUGCACAAACGGACCGUAGCCAGUUAUGAGCGCGCUCGUACGGACGCCAUGUGUGGUCGAGCUGUCGAUCGUCGUCGCGAUGCCCCCGGCCCUGGUGAAACUGUUUCCAUGGUAUUUGGUGAACUAGCUGACGAGUGUUACACAUCACAAGUGGCUGGUUAUGUGACUGCCGAGUUGGAAGCGUAUCAAGCAGUUGUGCGGAAAUUGGAUCGCCUUCUGCACAGUCCAUCCAUAGUGAAAAACGAUCGUGUCACUUGCGACACGUAACUUUUAUUGGCCGACCUGGUUCCUCCUAAACUGGUGUCUCAUCUGCUACUAUUUCAUACUGUUGGCUGUCCGUUGUAUUUAUCGUCCUUUUGGAACUCAGCGAGCAUUUUCCUGAUCGUGUUUAUACUAUACUUGAUUCAUUGUGUCUCGCCUUCUUUAAUGUCUGUUGUUAUCAUGACAAUAGCGGAUGUGAGUACUAUUUUCCA